UGUAAACAAACCUCAUUUGUGAACAAAUAGUACGAUUUUUUCAUGUUAUCAGUACUCCGUUGAACGAACCACACUUAAAUUGACCCCAAUUGUUUUUGCUUCAACUCAUUGUGAAGAUGAAAUGCAUAAUUCCUGGAACAAAUAUAAAAGUGUUUGGGAGAGGAAUACAUUCCUUAUCCAAGAUUGGAGAGGAGCUAUACUUAGAACCAUUAGAACACGGGCUUGCGUUAAGGACUGUAAACUCCUCCCGUUCGGCCUAUGCCUGCUUCUUGUUUGCCCCAAGUUUCUUUAUACACUAUGAUGAUGGGGCAGGGGACGCGUCUUCAGAUGAUAGUGAGGAUACCCUCAGGUGUAAAAUAGCUAUGAAGUCCAUCCUGACAGUAUUCCGGUCCCUAUCCACGAUGGAGAAAACGGUGGAAAGAUGUAAGAUCAAACUGAAUAUGAAGGAAUCGCGGCUCGUGUUCCAACUCUACUGUAGACACGGUAUUGUGAAGACUCACAACUUGGCCUUUAUUGAGUGCGAGACCCUGCAGGCCGUCUUUUCCAAGGACAUGAGCCCCAACUCUUUAACAGCGUCUUCCAAACUGCUGUGCGAUGCUGUGAUGAACUUUCAGAACAACCAAGAGGAGAUAACUCUUAUUGUCAACCCAGAGAAAAUCGUCAUCAAAAACUAUGUGGAUGACGAACCAGACCCAAACAAGGUGAUGCACACCAACCUGAGUCUUGAGCCGGAUGAGUUUGACAACUGUCAGGUUGGGGUUGACACUGAGGUCACCUUUUGCCUAAAGGAACUUAGGGCCAUUUUAGGGUUUGCAGAAGUGACCACAUUACCCCUGACCAUCAACUUUGAAACUGCUGGAAGACCAAUUGUUUUCACAAUAGAUAGUGACAGCACAUUUGAGGGAAACUUUGUCCUGGCCACAUUGGCAGACCAGCAGGGGCAGAGUCAAGCUCAAACUCAACCCCGACAGGCUACUCAGAAAAGGCCAAGUAGUAAGGCAUCAACCUCGCGAACCAACAACUCACGAACCAACAGAUCCACCCAGAACAGGUCCGGACCUUCUCACAAUGGCAAUAACAUGCAGUCACACUCAAGAUCUAAUAUUGAUUCAGCCAGAUCAAAUGAAGUCAAUGCGGACUACACUGACUUCAUGAAUGAUGACACAGACUUUGAUAUCAUGAUACAAAAUGACACAACUGUUGUUUACCCAAGGCAGACUUCAGUUGAUACAGACAAACAUACACACACUCUCAGAGUCAAAGAGGCUGGGGCACUAGAAACACAUACAGACAGAAGUGAAGGGAGUGUGGCAAGACAAACCAAUACAGACAGAAGUGAAGGGAGUGUGGCGCGACAAACCAAUACAGACAGAGAUAAAGGGGUUGUGGCCAGACAAAUGCACACAGACAGAGUUGAGGGGGGUGGGGCCAUAUCUAGUGCGAGCAGGGGAGGAAUCAGGAGGGUGGGAGGAAAGGGAGAUAAUCAGUCCAAGUCAGGAAGAUUUAACUCCCCUAUUGUGAACAACUCUGUGCCAAGUGAUGAUGAAGAGAGUCCUGUGUUACCCAUGCUUGGAACAAAGGUCAAGAUAGGGGACACAACUCUCACAGAAGAUAUGGUGGUUGAUAACGCAGAUGAAGAUGAGGAUGUAGUACCAGGGACUCCGCCGGCAAAAAGGUUCCGGUCACUGUUUUUUGGCAGUUCCCAGGCCAGUCAGUCUCAGAGUCGAAAUCCAGACCUGUGUACAUCACGAGUACUUGCACCGGAUUCUGACGACGAAAAUUGAAACAAAGGCGCUAGAUAAAAGUGAAUAAAUUCUCAGACUUUAGCUACAAGUUCUCUGACUUAGGCUUAGGACUCAUCUCAGCUAGCUAAAAUUAAGACAGCUAGUUAGGUUUUAAGAAAAUAACUAUGUAACAGAUAUAUGUUACUUGAGAUCAUGCAUUUGGUACUCUGCUGAUCUUUUGUAAGUAACUGUCAGAAAUCCAUUAAUUUGUUUGGAACUGCAGACAUCGUGUAAAAGUGCCAUUAUCUUGGUUCCUUAAAUUGCCAACAGCAGGAUGAAGAUUAUGCUUAGAUUGGGGUAGUUCACAUUUUACAAGUGCUAUACUUAUAAAGAUUAUUUACGAUAUAAUUUAUUAUGUUCUUGUUAUAUCUUGUUAAUAAAUUUUUAAACAUUU